GGGGGCCUGGCCCCAGCGGCGAGGGGUAUGAGACAAACCCGUCCAGCCCUAUAAAAGCCGCGUUACAGCGCAACUCCCACUGCCACCCAAUGAGCGCCCGCUUUGCAAAGCGGGACUGAGCGGGAGCUGGGCGAGAGAGGCGGUGCCGGCGCGGAGGGGGCGGGGACAGCGCCCUGCCCAGUGGAGAGGCGCGUUACAAGCGGCGGGACGGUGGCGGCGGACCAAUGGCGGCGCGUCUUGCAGAGCGGCGCGGGCCGGGGAGGGGAGGAGGGCGAUGGCGGCCAUUUUGAGCCGGGCCCGUCGGUGGCGCCUCGAUGGCCGGGCCGCGGCGGCGUUGAGCGACGGGGUCAUGGACGUGCGGCGGCUGCGGGUCAACGAGCUGAAGGAGGAGCUGGGCCGCCGCGGCCUGGACACCCGUGGCCUCAAGGCCGAGCUGGCCGAAAGGUUGCAGGCGGCUCUGGAGGCGGAGGAUGCCCGGCGGGGGCCCGGUGCGGAGCCGCGGGGGACCGGCCCCCGACGGACAAGCUGUGCCCAUCGGGGCACGGACUUGCUGGUCGCUGCAUGCUGGGGAUCCCCUCGGCAAAUUCGGGGUGACCCCACGAGCGGGACACCGGAUCCCUCGUCCCACACUGAUGGCAUCGACAGCAACAGCCACACGAGCGAGCCCCAGGGCACCACCCAUCCGUACAUCAGGCGGCCUCAAGCCCGAGGUCAGAUCCCGCUAAAGAUGAAGCUGCCGGAAACAAAGCCAGAAGAACCCCCUGCUCCUGCCUACAACGUUCCCCCUCCCAACUACAGCACACCCGCUCCCCCCUACAACAUCCCCCCUCCCCUCCCCCCGCCCCCCACCUACAACGCACCCCCGGCCGGUUACGGCGCGCCGCCGACCGGCUACACCGCUCCUGCCUACAGCGUGCCACCAGCCAGCUACAGCGCCCUGGCCCCGGGUUACAGCACUCCCCCCCCUGCCUACAGUGCUCCCCCUGCCUACAGUGCUCCCCCCACUGCCUACAGCACCCCUGUCCCCCCCACCUACGACACUCCCCCGGGUGGCUACAGCGUGCCGGACCCCUCGCAGCCCCGGCUGCUGCCGCUGCAGCCCCGCAAACGGCCAUACGAGGAGCAGCGGGGCCGGGGUUAUUACGAGCACCGUGAGGACAAGAGGGGCCGCUCACCGCAGCCGCCCGCCGAGGAUGAUGAGGAGGAUUUCGACGACACACUGGUGGCCAUCGAUACUUACAACUGCGACCUGCACUUCAAAGUCGCCCGGGACCGGUACAGCGGCUACCCCCUCACCAUCGAGGGCUUCGCCUACCUCUGGUCGGGCGCCCGUGCCACCUACGGUGCACAGCAGGGCCGUGUCUGCUAUGAGAUGAAGGUUAAUGAGGAGAUCUCCGUUAAGCACCUGCCUUCUACCGAGCCAGACCCCCACGUGGUGCGGGUGGGCUGGUCGCUGGAUUCCUGUAGCACUCCGGCAGGGGGGGUUGGGGGGGGUCUGGGGGGCUGCCAAGACGCCUGGGUCUGCUGGGGAAUGGCUGACCCCCCAUGA